UCCCCACAAACGCCUCCUGGCGGAAUUCGACUGCGGCAUCAACGCAGCAAAUCAGUUUGGCUAAGUUGCUGGCUAUCCAAUGCUUUAAUAUUAAGUGCUUGCUUGACGGAGUAUUUUCGUAAUUGCACUUAUUAAUUUCUUAUAGAAAAUCGUAUGAUGAUAACUGUUCCUACUGUCCACUUCACGUUAUCUCACUACUCUAAAGGAAACAUAUUAUGGGUGAAUGUACUGCAGCAUCGAAUCUUCAUAUCAAUAAAACAUUUAAUUCUUCUCUUGAUUCGACAGAUGUUAAAUUACACCAACUUAAAGUAAUUGGCUAUGCAAUUAUUGGUUCGGUGAUUAUAGCUUUAGGAAUACUUGGUAAUGUUAUUAAUUUAAUUGUGCUAACACGACCCAAUUUAAAAGGGGUAACGUUUGUUUAUCUUACAUGGUUAGCCACUUCCGAUCUUAUAUCUCUGUUAGUGGGAAUUCCUUCUUUGCUAAGACUUCAUGGCAUUCAACCGAGGAGUUACGCAGCAGCCAUUUAUUACGCUCAUCUCGAUAUAGCCAUUGUUAACGGUUUCAUGGCAACCAGUGUCUUCCUUGUAGUCGCCCUCACAGUCGAUAGAUAUUUUUCUGUAUGUCUUCCAACACGUUUUAAAGAGAUACAUACGACCAAAAACGCUAAACAUUGCAUUCUCGCUGCUUAUGCCGUACCUUUCUUCUUAUAUUUACCUAUCUGCUUUCAGAAAGAAACUGUAAUUGCUGAAAAAAAUUCGAAUUAUACCGAAUACAUUGCUUGUGAACAUCACACGGUUACUAAUCAUCCGGCUUUUAAAGUAUAUCUUUAUGUGAAAGAAAUCAUUGUUAGAUUAGGACCUGUAGUCAUUCUUGCUCUCCUUAAUACCGCAAUCAUCAUUACUUUCCGCAAGACUGUUAAAAAGAAGAAGAUCCUUUUAAGGUCGUCGCUCAUUGGAACUAAUCAAGUGAGAGAAGGUAAUAAGAAAUUCCGUGAAGAAAAACGUCUAGUAGCUUUGUUAGGUGGUGUCAGUAUUCUUUUCUUCAUUUGCAUGACACCGGCAGCUGUUUUGACACUAUUGAAUAGUGACGAGAAAGAGAGAAAUUUUGCUUUUCAGACUUUUCGCGCUGUGGCUAACGUUUUGGAACUGGCUAAUUACGCCAUGAAUUUUUAUGUUUAUUGUCUCUGCAGUUCCGAAAUAAGAAGAACAUUCCUCAGGCUCUUUAUAUAUAGAAAAGUACCGAAAAAUACACACAAUUUUAGUAACAAACUCUCAUUUGAAAGCAGCACUAAAGUAUAAUAUAUUUAAUGGUACAAUCAAUAAUAAAUAUUAAAAUAUUAUUAUUUUAUUAAUAAUAAUCAAAUGAAACAUUUUUAUUAAAAAUAAUAUUUUUAAAAAGAUUUUAAAUUUAAUAAAAUAAUUAUCAGAUAUAUGAUAAGAUGAAAUAGAAAAUUAAAUAUUAAUUUAAUCGAACAACUAAAUACUCUGAUUAAUGGAACCAAUAUUUGUUAUUUUCUAGACAAUAGGUAUGUUCGAAAAAUAGAAAAUUUUACAUUCUACUAAAUAGAAUACGUAUAGUACAUCAAAUAAGUAGUAUACAGUAUUAUCAAUAUAUUAGAUCUAGUCUUUCGUAUAUCGACUUUAAAUUAAUGUUAAAAAUUUGCUCAAUAAUGCCAGAGAAAUAUAU